CUGCAACUCCUCCGCCUCACCCACCACGCAGCCAUGGACGGCACCGUUCCUGCCCCGACGGCCUCUAAUGGUACUACCUUCCCAGCACCAGACGCCGCAGGACAGACAGUAGCUUCCAUCGCCCAGGCACAAACAAUCAGCGCCGAUGAGAUCGCCCUUUACGACAGACAGAUCCGAUUAUGGGGUGUUCAAGCCCAGGAGAAGAUACGAACUGCAAACAUCCUCAUCGUAUCCAUAAAAGCUCUUGCGAACGAAGCUGCGAAGAAUCUUGUCCUGGCCGGCGUUGGCUCUCUCACAAUCGUCGACAGCGAGCUGGUCACCGGAGAUGACCUCUGCUCUCAGUUCUUCAUUUCCGAGGCCGACGUGGGAAAGAACAGGGCGGAGGCGGCUGCUCCCCAAAUCCAAAAGCUCAAUCCUCGUGUGAACGUCAAGGUUAUCACUCAGAACAUCUUGCUCCAAGGACCUGAUUUCUACAACCCCUAUGACAUCGUGAUCGCGACCGAUCUCGACUUCACCACCCUGAUGACGAUCAAUGCUGCCACACGGCUCUCCAACACCCCUUUUUACGCCGCUGGUGCACAUGGCUUCUAUGGAUACAUCUUCGCCGACCUGAUUAGCCACGACUACAACAUCCAGAGAGACAAGCCAAAUAUGCCGACCCUGAUCAGACCAGAGUCCGCCACACGCUCUAUCCUCUCGGUGUCGACAAAAAAGGAGUCAGGGAAGAUCAUUGAGAUGGUCAAGAAGCGGGAACUAUAUUCACCACUGCUCCUAGCAAACUCCUCUCCUCUAUCCCCUGAAUAUCUACGAAACCGCCGGCGGCUGAAGCUCGUCAGUCCCCUCCUCACAUGCCUGCGCGCUCUGUGGGACUGGCAGAAGGAGUCCGGCGCGACUCUGCCAUCGCAUCAGCAUGUUGAUCUGCAUCGUUUCACGACCUUGGCAACGGAGAAGCACAGAGAAUUCCAGCUACCAGCAGACACUUUGAAAUCUGAGUUUCUGCGAAGCUUCCUGCAAAAUCUGGGGAGCGAAUUGGCACCCGUCACGGCAUUUCUAGGCGGUCAACUUGCGCAGGACGUCAUCAACGUGCUCGGCAAGCGCGAGCAACCUAUCCAGAAUUUGCUUCUCUUCAACGGCGAAGAAAGCAGUGCGCCAGUCUAUGCCCUGCAUCCGAUAUUCGAUGUCCCGAUUUUGCCGCAAGUGCCCGUUGCCAAUGGCUCCGGUCAAAUCACUAUCGAUUGAGCGUACCGCGUCUGCAUGUGGAGCGACAAAAAGAUAGGCCUGAUUCGGGAUAUUUAGAAUUGGCCGAGGUUUGAUAUUUAGCAAGGGGCGUUUUGGAAAUGGACGGAUAAAUACCCAACAUACAUAUGCACAUCCCUCAUGGAUUGAAGAGCAUGGGUGCUCAUAAGUGGCAUGCCGGUAAAGGCACAUAAGAACUUUCUCAAACAUCUACUGUCUAAAUCUAAUUUAUAUGAGUUGUAUCGCUUAAGUGACCAUUUGAGUUCUAACCGCCGUCUCAAGUGGCUCGGCAACUUUACUGAUCGUUCAGCGCGAUAAAAUCUUGGUUCAUUUGGAGCUGGGAAAGUGUACCAAGGUACCUCAAACAGCGGCAGAAAAGUGUACGUAUCUAUAGAUUCAAAAACUUGUUCGAGAAGCUAAAGGUGCC